ACUGCAGCGGCCAAUCCGUUCCCGUGCCGCUCUCCGGUUUGAUGCUACGUACGUUUUGGGGGGAAACGCACGGAAUGGACUCGUGAGGGGCUCCUAAUCCAGCUGCAGAAACUGGGGAACGGAAGGCUCUGUCAGUGUCUGUUCUAGGAUGGGGUCUUAGCAAAAAAACCCCGCCGAAGAAGGACUCAGCAACAUUAUGCUUCGCACGUUGCCAGGAUGGUGCUGCCUGGCGGGGAAGGUGGUAGCGAGGAGCAGUCGUGGUUUGCUGAAGGGGCGAAGGCCCUGCGUCGGCGGCCCCCCUCAAGCGGGCCGGUUCAUGAGCAGCCCUGGCAGUCCACACCUGGGUCCGGCUGGCCCUGAAGAGGAGGACGCGCUUCUCAAAGAGUGGGCCUUGGUCGUCAGCCCCUUCGGCCUGCUGAAGGCGUGUCUGCCUUGCCACCUCACGGUGGGCCCCCUGGACCCACAUAAGUACCCUGAUUCUGACAGGGUUCUUGUGGCACUCAGGGGGAGGCGCUCCGUUCCCCAGCCUGCCUCAGAUCGGCCCUUGCUUGUGAACUACGACGAGGCCCAGAAGGAGGUGACGAUCGUCUCCGAUGGCAUGGACAACACAGCUUCUCUGGAUGUGAGGAUUCCCAUAAAAUAUGACUUGGAUGUCAAGACAUCAGGAAAUGGCUCUGUGAAGAUUGAACAAAUGGAAUGUGCGAGCUGCAAAGUAGAAACAGAGAAGGGAACUAGCGUACUGCGGUCAAUAAAGAGUCAGAAAAUUGAUAUUCGGGCAAAAGGAGGGAAAGUUGUCUGCUUGGAAACUCUUCAAGGAAACACUGAUAUUCAUGUGUCACAAGAAAGUAGUGUGAACGUAGAAAAGCUCCAAGGAUCAUCUAUUAACAUUGCAAGUGAAAACGGUUUGCUAAAAGCUGAAUAUCUGUAUGCAGAUUCCUCGUUUCUGACUUCAGUUGCUGGGGACAUUUUACUAGGGAAUGUUCACGGUGAUAUUACCUUGGAGACUAAAACAGGAAGCAUCACAGUUGAUUCCUCUGAAGGAUCUUUAAAAGCCUCUACAUGUCAAGGAGAGAUAGAUACCUAUGUUAUUCGUCAAACUGGAGAAGUAAACCUGAUUUCUCAGGAAGGCUCCAUUACUGUCAAGGUACCUGCAACUCUUCAAGUUUCUCUGAAAUUAUCUGGAACUAAGGUGGAAGUGAGCCCAGAGGUCCAAUUGCAGGAUAUCCAGACAGUUUCCAGAGAAGACCGUGUAAUAGUGACUGGCCACAUGGAUCAAAAGGAUGAAAAAGGAAAAUGUAUUAAAGCAGAGACACAGUAUGGCACAGUAAAUCUCAAAAGUCAAAGCUGGUUCCAAUCUCUGAAGCUGAAGAUUCCUUGAUAAUACUUACUUUAUAAAUAUAGGCAGAACAAUGAGAGGUGACUGUAAAAUAAGAUUACACUUCCUAGUAAUGAAAGUGUGGAUCUUACUUCUCUGAAUUGGAGAAGUUUUAUCUUCUUGAUGUCUUUCUAGUUUCAAACUCUAUUACAGAAAUGAUGAAAAAGUCUAAUUCCCUAAUUUUGUUCUUGGUAAUUCUGUUAAGCCAUUCAACAAACCUUAUAAAUUGAAAGAUUUUGAAACAUAUCACUUGUAAGCAACUUUCAUUUUCAGCUUUCAGCCAAUACACUUUACUCAGAUUAUGCCAUGACUGAUUUAUUAAUGUGAAGAAAAGGGAUUUGUAUUUUUUUCCCCCUUAUGGGACAAAGAGCAAAUGAGGAAAAGCAUUUAUAGCAGGAAAACAGCACAAGAAAGAAAUGUAAGCUUUUAUCUCCCAGGGCCGCGAUCCUAGAAGCUCUGACUGCUUUUAGAAGGAUUGGAGAUUUGAUUCUAGAGAGUGGCAUCCACCUUAGUCCAGCCAUUUAUGAUGAUAUAUCUUUGAAGAUCAGAUGUAACCCCAAAGCCAUCUAACAAAUACUAUGUCAACUCCUCUUCCUUUAUUCUGUGUAAAUGUGUUUUCUUAUAAAUUUUAACUAUAUGUUUUUUUAUUGUUUUAAUCUGUUGUA